AGAGCCUGAACAACAAUCAUCACCACCAUUUCUCCCUAAAGAAAGCCCACAGCAAACAUCAUUAUCAUCUUCUCUCUCUACAAUCUCAAUACACCACUCUCUCUCUCUCUCUACAAACUAGAAGCAUGUAAAGCCAUUACAAACUCUCUUUCUCUCUCUUAAACUCAAAGCACUAUAAAUAAUCUUUCAAUCCCAAAACUCACAGCAUCACCUCUCUCUCUCUAGAGAGCAUCAUUUAAUGGAUGAGCAGCGUGGCCAUGGUGGUGGCCAAAACCCGGCAGCACAACCAGAGAGAGCAGAGCCAGUGAGAUCAAGGUGGACUCCAAAGCCUGAACAAAUACUCAUCUUAGAGUCCAUCUUCAACAGUGGAAUGGUGAACCCACCAAAAGAUGAGACUGUGAGAAUAAGGAAGCUCUUAGAGAGAUUUGGAGCAGUGGGUGAUGCCAAUGUUUUCUACUGGUUCCAAAACCGGCGGUCGAGAUCGCGUCGCCGGCAAAGGCAGCUCCAAUCGACGGCCCCCGCUGCCGCCGCUGGUCGACCCGGAGGCUCAACGACAGCGGCCACACAAGGAGCUCAUAUGAUUAACCAGGGUGGUGCAAUUCACUAUGGGUUCCCUUAUAAUUCCACUACUACUACUACUACUCCCUCUCUCUCCUCUUCUUCUUCUCUCUCUUCCUCUUCCUCUCUCUCCUCUUCCUCUCUCUCUUCUUCAUCUUCUCCUUCUUCUUCUUUUGGUGGUGGUUUUGGGGAAUCGAGUUCUUUGGGUUUUGGCGGUUUGGAGCUGAUGAGUAUGACUGAGAAUUUGGAUUUGGGGGGGAUGGAUCAAAACCAACUGGUUUCUCCCAUUAUAGAUGCAGCUGCUUCAUCUAGUGUGCAAUACCAAUCUGGUCUUAUACCAGUUUUUAUCAAUGGGAUUCCAUCUCAAAUGCCAAGUGGAGCUCUUGACAUAAAGGGUUUGUUUGGGGAAGGUGUAGCCCUAGUGCAUUCCACAGGGGAGGCAAUUCCAGUCAAUGAAUUUGGGAUUUCAUUGCAAAGUUUGCAGGCUGGAGAGAACUAUUUCUUGGUAACCUUGAAUCCUUAAAUCCAAGGUUCCAAUCUUCAAUUAUUAUCAGCCUUUGGCAAUUUUGGUAUGUAGGAU